CUUUUUCUUUUUUUUGGUUACAAGAAGGGAAGGGAAUAGACGACGCGCACAAAUCACCAACUGCCGAAACGAACAAGGAUCUAUUCCCUCCCCCCCCCCACCCUGUAUAGUUGCUUUCUCGUUCCCUCCCGUUCUCUCUCUCUCUCUCUCUCUGAGGAAUUGGAAAGAUGGAUGUCUCCGGAAAUGUCGCCAGUAAUGGCCUGGCCGAGCCCCGAUCGGCAUUGAUAUUCCUUGGCACCGGUUGUUCGAGCGCUGUCCCCAAUGCCAUCUGCCUCGUCCAGCCUACGGAUCCUCCCUGCUCCGUUUGCUCCCAGUCCUUGUCUGUUCCCCCGGAAAGAAACCCUAACUACAGGUGCAAUACAUCUCUUCUCAUUGAUUAUUGCAAGACCAAUGGUGAACACCAUUAUAUCUUGAUAGAUGUUGGCAAGACAUUCAGGGAACAAGUGCUUCGAUGGUUUACUUUCCAUAAGAUACCUCGGGUGGAUGCUAUUGUGUUGACUCAUGAACAUGCUGACGCAGUUCUUGGUCUGGAUGAUAUGCGUGCUGUGCAACCUUUUAGCCCCACAAAUGACAUUGCUCCCACUCCCAUUUUCCUAUCUCAGGAGGCAAUGGAUAGUGUGAGUGUGAAAUUCCCUUACUUGUUAAAGAAAAAGCUUAAGGAUGGCCAGGAAGUGAGACGGGUUUCACAGCUUGAGUGGAAGAUAAUUGAGAAUGACUGUAAGAAGCCGUUUGUUGCAUCAGGAUUAAAACUUGUUCCUUUGCCAGUGAUGCACGGUGAAGAUUAUGUUUGUUUGGGUUUUCUUUUCGGAGAAAAAUAUAAAGUAGCUUACAUAUCUGAUGUUUCUCGAUUUAUUCCAACCACUGAGCACUACAUUUCAAAGAGUAGUGGUCAACAGCUGGAUCUCCUCAUCCUAGACACACUCUACAAGAAAGGUUCCCACAAUGUUCACUUUUGCCUCCCUCAGACUCUUGAUGCUCUUAAGAAGUUAUGCCCAAAGCGAGCUCUCUUAAUUGGGAUGACCCAUGAGUUUGAUCACCACAAAGAUAAUGAAUUUCUUAGGGAAUGGUCGGCAAGAGAAGGGAUCGAUGUACAGCUUGCACACGAUGGAUUGAGAGUCCCUCUAGACCUUUAAAGAGGUAGCCGGAAGCCAUGAAUCAUUGGUUCCAUAAGGGGACGACAACCAGAAAUGUUACAUUUCAAACUUCUGUGAUACUCAAUGAGUUAGGAGGAAAGGGAGUCUGGAAGCUGAUACUGGCUGAAAACGUAUGUUGUAUGUAUUUUGUCUUAUCUUCUAAACAAAAUUAUUCCCUUUAAACGGGCAAAUGUAGCUUAUAUAUUGAAUAAUUGAUCCAUCGUGAUUAUAAUUAGCAAAUAUAAUCAGUUGAAUUAGGAUGUGAGCAAUGUACUCCUUCAUGUUAGUCCGAUAACAAUGGUUCGUUGAAAUUGGAAUUUAGCAAGGAUUUAUUAGCCUUGCAGCUAUGAAUAAA